GCUUUCUCUCACACACUUGACUUGGAGGUGUCACUAAAACAGUGCAGAAAUGAUUUUUCACUCCCCAACAAUAUAUUGUCACAACUGGCCCUAGAAGCUGGUCUGACCUUAUCGAUUUAAGGACAAUGGUUUUUGCUCUGAGCUAAAUGUUAGACGUUUGCACACUCUACCGCGCAUCUCUCAUAGUGCCGCGCUGCGCCGCAUAGUGAUGGGUGGACCGAAGGCAACACUCCCCGAGACGCAUCCCUAAAAUAAAGCUCAAUGCCUCUUCCUUCGAGCGGCGGACAGCAGGCGAGACCCGUGGACCGCUUCGCUCUCUGUCCAGACACGGAUUGAUUGAUCAGAUGUCUUGUUCACGACCUAAACUUCAACCAUGCAUUCACUGGAUACGCAAAUGGCUCCCAGUUUGAGGAGUGAGCGGAGAGAUUUCCCCAAACUGGAUACCUGCGGCGCGGCCGCUGGAGACGGGCGCUCACCGGGAUGGAUAGGAGUGCGAGUAGAGGGGUUGUUUCGGAGAACCAGGAGACGAGAUGGAGGAGAGGGGAUGUGUGCAAACUGUCUGUUAUACAUAGGAAUGGUCUUACUUCUGUUGCAGUGUGCGCAGGCCACAGAGGAUGAGACGACCUACGACAACUCUGGUUCUUCUGAUCUACCCAAUGACCCGACAGCCUCCCCCCAUCCCACUCACCCAGUGGCCGGCCUGCUGUUGUUGGAUGAGGAGCCUUUAUCAGUCAUCCAACCAGAUGGCAGGGCUGUGUCAGAGGGGGUGGGGCUGAGAGAGCAGCCGGCCUUUUCCUCUAUACUGACCCUGCUGGCGGACAAACACCCUCAGAGCUUGGUCCAAUCCAAGGCCUCGCCAACCAUCACCAAGGACAACAACCGAACGAGCCAGUGGCCUUCGGUGGCUCCCUUCUCCUCUUCUUCUCCUGUGGAGCCGAGCAGAGACCUGUCUGACAGCUCAGAGACAGCGAUGGAGGAGUUAACCAUGGGAACAUCCAUAGAGACAGGGGUUAAUUUCCCCAAAGACAACGAGACCAGUUUAUCCCAAACAGGGAACCUCACCUUCGCCGACAGGCCUGCACUUACAACAUCACAGGUGUCACCUUUGACCUCUCGAGAGGACACAACGACUGCAUCCCUCCAGCUCACAACUGUGACCACCACAACCAUAGCUUCAACCACAACCACUGCACGUCCUGCAACCACGACUACAACACAGCCAAUCACAGAGACCCCAACCACAACAACAACACGCAGAACUACAACCACUACCACCACCACUGCUCCAGCCUCCAGGCGGACACUGUCACCUACAAUCCCAAAGACGAAACCCAGAGGGACUACAACCAGCCUCCUCACCCCCUUCCCCUUCAUCACCACCAUGGAGGCUCCACCCCGACAGUGUAACGUCACAGAGAAGAUCUGGGUUAAAACAAUUCUGACCAUCCAUGUGAGAAGGAACCGCCUGGACAGCAUCCAGAGACAGAACCUGCGUAGAGGGCUGACCCAGGCUCUGAGGAGAGCUCUGAACGACACCACUGCCCAGGCUCAGGUGGAGACAGUGUUUGGCUCGCCCAACGUGACGGUGGGCUACCACGUGAUUGGAGCAGACAUAGUGUACCCGCCCUCUGUGGUGGUCGAGGCGCUUCACUCCUACGGCUGGGAUAGGCUGAUGGGUGACGUGCGACAGUUUGUCCCCAUGGUAACGGCGCUGCCCAACACAGCCGCACCAUGGAGAUCCAGCCCAGCUAUCGGCCUCCAGCUCAAAACAGUUCUGCGCUUCGUAGGUCCAGGAGAUGACCCGCGGUCCUGUCGGUUCUCGCAGAUGAUGGAACAGAGGCUGGAGAACGUGUUCUCUGAGGCCCAGGCCAAAGUCCUGGACGUCCACACCAGACUCUCUGUCCAGAUGCUGAGUGUGUCUCAGUCAGUGGGUUCUCCUGCUGUGUCUCUGGUCUACAUGGUGAGGAACGGGACCGCCCCUCUCAACGGCACCGCCGCCUCUAACCUCCUGGGUCAGCUGACCGCCGAGAUGGUCGGCUACUUCCUGUUCUACCCCCCGCUGGUCAUUGCUGAACCAUUGGAAUACCACAACCUCAAUACGUCCAUCGCUACCAGAGACUUCUGGGUAAUCACAGUCAUCCUGGAUGUGGAUAACUCAUCUCUUGAGAGCCAGUACCAGAGCUUUGCCAGUGUCAUGGAGCAGCGCCUGGCUGAGCUGUUUGUGGUUGCUCACCAGCAGGGCACUCGCUUCAGGAGAGCCACCACCGUGGACAGCUACACUGUCCAGAUGGUGAGUAUCCGUCGAGUGAUGGGUCAGAAGAACCCAGCAGAGAUGACCUACUACGUUCAGUUGAACGGUCUUCCGUUACCAGGCACGUCAGCCGCCAAGGUCCUGAACACGCUGGACUCUCAGACCAUGGCCCUCACACUGGGCUACUUCGUUCAGCUGCAGGCUGAACCCGUGGUGAAGAAUCCUCCCAACAACCUGUGGAUCAUCGCCGCGGUGCUGGCCCCUAUCGCCGUGGUAACGCUCAUUAUCAUCAUCAUCACCGCAGUGCUCUGCCGGAAGAACAAGAGUGACUUCAAAGCCGACGCCAUGGGCAACCUCAACCCCCGUGUCAAGACGGCAUAUCGGAGGGAUGUUACAGGAUAUUACCACCAGCCUGUCCAGGGGUUCGACUAUGCCAAGCAGCACCUGAGCCGGGUGCAGGGUGGGGAGGGGGAGACCCUCCCCGUGACCCAGGACACCCUGGUGCUGCCCCUGCCCAUCCGGGAAGCCCCCCUCUCCCUCUCCCUGGAGAAGGCCCUGCACCAGGAUGGCACCGCCAACAAGAAGACCCUCAACUCGGACAUACGCAAGAGCAGGUUGCCGAGCGAGGAUGGUUCCGUCAUCAGCAACGAAUCAGAGAAGCUCGACUCUGGCAGGGGCUCGGCGGCUCAGAAAGUCACAGCACAGCAGAAAUUGACAAAGGAGGAGAAGCGCAAGAGGAACGAUCCCUACGACACCUCGUUUGGCUCCCUGCAGCUCAUUUCCAUAAAGCCCAUGACGGCGCCGCCCACCUAUUCACACCCCGCCUCCUCUGACCGCAGCCAAGACUCAGCCAUCCUCAAUGGAAAUGGAGAGCUGAACCUAGCUCUGAAGCAGAAGUCAGACAUAGAGCACUACAGGAACAAGCUGAGGCUGAAGGCUAAGAGGAAAGGCUACUAUGACUUCCCCUCAGCGGACGGCAGCGGGAGUAGUAGCAGGGUGCUGGCACAGAGGCAGAGACACGGGCACGAGAGGGCACCAGGAGAGCAUGGCACAUCACCGGAGCCUGAUGAAGACCGGGCAUCCACCUACGUCAAGUCCCGCAGGAGGCACUCUCAGGUGAGGCAGCGGACCUAUCGGAGCAGGCAGAGCCUGAACAGCCCGAGUCCCGGAGGAACAGAGAUGGACCUGCUGGUGAUGAGGGAGAGACCCAGGAGAGGCAUCGGGAACAGCGGCUACGACACUGAGCCGGAGCUGAUUGAGGAGACCAACGUGGAUCAUCUGAUUGGCCCGCGGGGUGGUUAUGUCUGCCCCAGAGGGGUCAAAGGUCACUCAGAGACCUCCACGUUGAGCUCCCAGCCGUCCAUCGAUGAGGUACGCCAGCAGAUGCACCUGCUCCUUGAGGAGGCCUUCAGCCUGGCCUCAGGGGGACACUCCUCCACAGCCGGACGCCACCACCACUCCCAUCAUCCCCACCCCCACCACGGUUACCAUCACGGCCACUACAGCCCCGGACCUCCACCCCUGCCCUACUCUGAUGUGGUGACCAGUGCCCCAGGAACCAUGAGCCGUGGCCGGGGAAGAGGGCUGCAGUGGGUGCCGGCAUACGGGACGGAUAUGUAUCAGUGCAGCCUCCCCAAACCUGCCUUUAGGUUCACCCAGCUUCCUGACAUGGCUAUGGGCUCUCCUCCACCCCCUAUUCCCCCUCGCACCGGCCCCCCUCCUGGGACCUCUCUAAGACGCUCGUCUUCUGACCUGGGGUCCAAGGCCAGGACCUCGGAGUCGUCUGGGACCAACAUGACGGACAUGCAGACCCAGCAUAAUGACAGCAGCGUCCCCUAUGUCCCCCUCUCCAGAGCAGCACUCCCUUCAGUCCCCCUCUCCAGAGCAGCACUCCCUUCAGUCCCCCUCUCCAGAGCAGCACUCCCUUCAGUCCCCCUCUCCAGAGCAGCACUCCCUUCAGUCCCCCUCUCCAGAGCAGCACUCCCUUCAGUCACAGCAGAACAGCCUGUGUCCACCUACUCAGGAAACCCCAUCACAGCGGUGUACGCCAUCCCAGCCUCGCGGUCGGGCUACUCUGAGUACUUUGCCUCCACGCCCCCGUCCUCCUACCACAGCCCAUCCUGGAUGUCCUACCCCCCCGAGCCUGAGGACGUGCCCCCCCAGUGGGCAGACUCUGUGGCUCUCCCAGGCUACGUGGACGCCUUCCCUCAUCCCCGCUACCCUCAAGGCAGCUCCCCCAGACUCCCCCUACACUACGGCCAAGCCAUGGAGCCACCCCCCACCUCGACCACCGCAGCGUUCCAGCAGAGCCUGCCCGAUGUGGGGGAGCCCAGAGACAGAGUCCCUCUCAGCAGCCUCUCCACCUCCGCCCUGGUGCAGGCCAUCCGCCAGGAGGUGGCAAAGCUGGCCAAGAAGCAGACAGACAUGUUUGAGUUCCAGGUGUAAUCUCUCACUCUAGUGGCCGGGAGGUGGAAUUGCAGCACUCUCUUUUCUGAACAUGCUGUAACACUAGAGACUGAACAAACUCUCUAUCUCAGCUUUUUUGAUAUUUGUAUAUUAAGACUUAUAAAAGCUUCUCUCUCUCUCUCUCUCUCUCUCUCUCUCUCUCUCUCUCUCUCUCUCUCUCUCU